AUGAGCCUUAGAAGAAGAAAAACCCCAAACAACAUGGCGACGCCUGCAGAACAUGUGGAACCAGGGACCCCGGACCUGGACCAGGACCCGGGACAGCCCGGGCCGUCCAGGGGGCCGGACCCGGACCCGGACCCGGACACGGACCAGGACCAGGACCCGGACCCGGACGAGGACGAGGACGAGGACGAGGACCAGGACCCCGAGCCCGAGCCGCAGGUGCUGGACACCCCGCAGGACAUCCGCCUGGAGGCGGCGGCCAACACGGUGGCCGUGCACCCGAGCAGGGACGUGCUGGUGUGUGGGGACGUGGACGGGGACGUGUACGCCUUCUCCUACUCCUGCCUGCAGGGCGGGAACCGGGAGCUGUGGUCGUCGGGACACCACAUGAAGUCCUGCAGACAGGUGCGCUUCUCCCACGACGGCACGCGCCUGUACAGCGUGUCGCGGGACCGCGCCGUGCACGUGCUGGACGUGGAGCGCGGGCAGCUGGUCACGCGCAUCCGCGGCGCGCACACGCACCCCAUCAACAGCCUGCUACUUGUGGACGAGCACAUGCUCGCCACCGGGGACGACGCGGGAACCCUGAAGGUCUGGGACAUGAGGAAAGGAACCGCCAUCAUGGACUUGAAGCAGCACGAGGAUUACAUCAGCGAUAUCGCGGUGGACCAGGCCAAGAGGAUUCUGCUGACCGCCAGCGGCGACGGCACCAUGGGCGUCUUCAACAUCCGGCGGCGGCGCUUCGACCUGCUGUCGGAGCCCCAGAGCGGCGACCUGACGUCGGUGGCGCUGAUGAAGCGCGGCAGGAAGGUGGUGUGCGGCUCCAGCGAGGGAACCGUCUACAUCUUCAACUGGGACGGCUUCGGCGCCACCAGCGACCGCUUCGCCCUCAAGGCCGAGUCGGUGGACUGCAUCGCCCCCGUCACCGACAGCAUCAUGUGCACGGCGUCCACGGACGGCUACAUCCGGGCCGUGAACCUGCUGCCCAACCGGGUCAUCGGCUGCAUCGGCCAGCACGUGGGCGAGCCCAUCGAGGAGAUCGCCACCUCCUGGGACUCCCGCUUCCUGCUCAGCUGCGGACACGACCAGCUGCUCAAGUUCUGGGACAUCUCUGCGCUGCCCAGCACCACCGUGGACGAGUACCGCAAGAGGAAGAGGAGGGACGGCCGCAUGAAGUCGCUCAGCAAGAAGGCGCUGGGCGACAACGACUUCUUCUCCGGACUGGUGGAGGAGGAGGCGGAGAAGAAGGAGGAGGAGGAAGAGGAGGAUGAAGAGGAGAGCGACAGCGGCAGCGACUGACCUGCUGCGCCUUCGGACAGUCUGGACCUACCUGAGGUGGAGCGACGCCGUGUCUGGUGGAGGCUGGGCGGUACCGGGGACCCCGGGUGGUCCUGGUUCCCCCGGGUGGUCCUGGUACCCGGGCCUGGACCUCAGCGGCGCUGGAUGCAGCUGUGUUCUAGAGACGAGCCGCCGUCGGGUUUCCACCGGAACCGAUGGCGGGACGAUGGAGGGACGGUGGAGUGACGAUGGCGGGACGGUGGAGUGACGAUGGCGGGACGAUGGAGUGACGAUGGAGUGACGAUGGCGGGACGGUGGAGUGACGAUGGCGGGACGAUGGAGUGACGAUGGAGUGACGAUGGUGGGACGAUGGCGGGACGAUGGAGUGACGAUGGUGAGGACGACCCUCACAGCCUGAUGAAUGUUUCAUAAUAAUGUCUGUAGUUCCUCUUCUGACCACACGGGGGCAGAAAGAUGCUGCGGUGACGUCACGCCGGGACGGACCUCCAGCACCCGGUCAGAGGUGUGAUGUCAUCAUCAGACCUCAGGUGUGAUGUCAUCAUCCAGGUGUGAUGUCAUCAUCAUCAGAGCUCCCGCUGGUCGUUGAGGUUCAAAUGUGUCUGAUUCCUGUUGUGUUUUUCCCAAAAUUAAAA